AUGGACAUUGGUUUAAAAUUAAAACUGAACUUUAAGAUCGACAAAGAAAACCGCAAGCGGCGGGAAAAGAGUCUCAAAUUUCAGCUAGGGAACUGCACGGACGACACCUCGGACAUAGCCUCCUUUGUAACCAUUGACCCAAUAUCUCUUGAGAAUAUCAGAAAGGACCAGACAAUCUUCGAGAGACUGAAAGAAUUCCUCACCAUGGAAACACUAGACUUCUUCAGACAAAGGAAUGAAGAGGAAGAAGGAGAUAGAAUGAGAGACAGAGAAGAAGAGACAGAAGAAGGAGCAAGAAAGAAACAAAAGUUAGGAAAGGUCAUUUUAGUACCACAAACUGCUGGUCCAUGUAUGACAACCUUCGACACUCUCCUUUUCAACACAAUUGACAUGUUCCCUACAUUCCCCCUCUUCCUCUUCACAAACAAAAAUCUUGACCUGAUCACCACGCACAUGCCCAAGCUAAAACGAGCCAAAAUCUCUCACCUUGAGGGUAAACCGCACGUUCUCAACCUCAAGGAAAUGGCCAAGUGGGUCAAAGAGGCAGGUGGUAUAUUCCACAACGUGGACCUUGACUUCAUCCAGUGGAGUCAGGCAGUGAAGAAUUUCUAUCAGUUCAAAUGUUUGAGAGACAAAGAGCUGGGAAAGGAGGCUCCCUGA